GAGAGGAAAAUUUUAUAGGUUCUGCUUAAUGCUGGCUUUGUGGAAACUGUGCGGUCCAUUCCCCCUCCGCUGUACCGCAAGCCGGAACCUUGAGCAUCUUUAUGAAGCAAUAAGAGGUACAUUCGAACACCAUGACAGCUCUGUCUGUCUCCUUGUUGAUACUGCUUGUCAACUCACGAGCCACAUCUCGAAAUGUGAGGCACGUUGAAGUACUCCACCAUGCGUGCAGUCUCGGAAACUACAAGCGCCAGUGCACUAGGUUCAUGGAACUCUCAAGACAACGACUACAGAAGGGUGACUUAUAUGGUACAUGCAGGUCAUUCAAUAACUACAAGAUUUGUUUCAAGAGAACGCUUCCGGGCGCUCGUUGCCAAAAACGUGUCUUAUCCAAGAAUGCUUACGUGGAAGCACGAACAUUCCUUAUUAUGUACGAACCGCUGUGCAGAAAACGCGCCCCUGCCAAGAAGAACUGCGAGCGAGGCUUUUUCAAAGAGACACGGCGAUGCGUGGCUACUCAGUGGAGGGCGAUCCGUCGAAAUCCGCAGAAGAGGAAUCCCAGCAAAGCCUGCAUGAGUGCAAGACUUCUAAAACACUGCGUCGGUGCAGUAUUGAAGCGGAGGAAGUGCAAUGCAAGAAAGUUCAUGGAAACCAAAACGGGCCAUAAGAUAACUUCCCGCCUCGCAUCCCUGUGGCUCCGAUGCAAAAAAGAAAAGCCUACCGCCCCGGUCCGCCAUCCUUGCAAGGGAGACAAGUGCUGUCGAACCAUUGUUCAACACGUUGCGAAAAGGCUGUGUGGGCGAUGGGAAAAACGUGUUGCCAAAUACUUAGCCACGAGGAAGCCUGCGCUUUUCUGCAGUUCUUUCAAGCAUUAUCGGAACUGUGCCCAUACAGCGGCACGUAAAGUCCGUUGCGCCAAGAGACAGCACAUGAAUAUUACAAGUACACUCGGAACAAGAUUCCUGCGAUUAGCAGAGGCAUUCGGGAGGAUUUGCCGGAAACCGAUGUGUGGUCCGCCCUAUCAACCCUGUGAAGUUAGCCCAGAUGCGACCCCUCAUCGCCCUGAAUCAUCUACGCCGCUCACGGAACCCACCACUUCAGAAUAUCUAAAAAGUACCGAGAGUGAACAAGAAUUGUGGUCACCGAGUCCUGAGGUUACCUGGUCAGAGCGUAGGACGCCACCAACGACAGCUGUGACCUCUCUGUGGUCUCGACCAUCGACUCCACCGCCGAUAGAAUCGUCCACUUCGAAACAUCCGGGAAGUACCGAACGUGAACCUGAAUCGUGGUCUUCGAGUUCUGAAGUUACAUUUUCGGAACGAAAGACACCUCCAACAACAAUAUCGAAACCUCCGACCCCCGUGUGGCCACAGACAUCGACCUCACCGCCGACAGAAUCGACCGCUUCCGAAUAUCCGGGAAGUACCGAGGGUGAACUUCCGUCUUCGAGUUCUGAAGUUACGUUUUCGGAACGAAAGACACCUACAACUACGAUAUCGAUACCUGUGACACCCGUGUGGCCAGAGACAUCGACCUCACCGCCGACAGAAUCGACCACUUCCGAAUAUCCGGGAAGUACCGAAGGUGAACCUGAAUCGUGGUCUUCGAGUUCUGAAGUUACGUUUUCAGAACGAAAGACACCUCCAACGGCAAUAUCGAAACCUGCGACACCCGUGUGGCCAGAGACAUCGACCUCUUCCGAAUAUCCGGGAAGUACCGAACGUGAACCUGAAUCGUGGUCUUCGAGUUCUGAAGUUACGUUUUCAGAACGAAAGACACCUCCAACAACAAUAUCGAAACCUCUGACCCCUGUGUGGCCACAGACAUCGACCUCACCGCCGACAGAAUCGACCGCUUCCGAAUAUCCGGGAAGUACCGAGGGUGAACUUCCGUCUUCGAGUUCUGAAGUUACGUUUUCGGAACGAAAGACACCUACAACUACGAUAUCGAUACCUGUGACACCCGUGUGGCCAGAGACAUCGACCUCACCGCCGACAGAAUCGACCACUUCCGAAUAUCCGGGAAGUACCGAAGGUGAACCUGAAUCGUGGUCUUCGAGUUCUGAAGUUACGUUUUCAGAACGAAAGACACCUCCAACGGCAAUAUCGAAACCUGCGACACCUGUGUGGCCAGAGACAUCGACCUCUUCCGAAUAUCUGGGAAGUACCGAACGUGAACCUGAAUCGUGGUCUUCGAGUUCUGAAGUUACGUUUUCAGAACGAAAGACACCUCCAACAACAAUAUCGAAACCUGUGACCCCUGUGUGGCCAGAGACAUCGACCUCUUCCGAAUAUCCGGGAAGUACCGAACGUGAACCUGAAUCGUGGUCUUCGAGUUCUGAAGUUACGUUUUCAGAACGAAAGACACCUCCAACAACAAUAUCGAAACCUGCGACACCCAUGGGGCCAGAGACAUCGACCUCUUCCGAAUAUCCGGGAAGUACCGAACGUGAACCUGAAUCGUGGUCUUCGAGUUCUGAAGUUACGUUUUCAGAACGAAAGACACCUCCAACAACAAUAUCGAAACCUCUGACCCCUGUGUGGCCACAGACAUCGACCUCACCGCCGACAGAAUCGACCGCUUCCGAAUAUCCGGGAAGUACCGAGGGUGAACUUCCGUCUUCGAGUUCUGAAGUUACGUUUUCGGAACGAAAGACACCUACAACUACGAUAUCGAUACCUGUGACACCCGUGUGGCCAGAGACAUCGACCUCACCGCCGACAGAAUCGACCACUUCCGAAUAUCCGGGAAGUACCGAAGGUGAACCUGAAUCGUGGUCUUCGAGUUCUGAAGUUACGUUUUCAGAACGAAAGACACCUCCAACGGCAAUAUCGAAACCUGCGACACCCGUGUGGCCAGAGACAUCGACCUCUUCCGAAUAUCCGGGAAGUACCGAACGUGAACCUGAAUCGUGGUCUUCGAGUUCUGAAGUUACAUUUUCGGAACGAAAGACACCUCCAACAACAAUAUCGAAACCUCCGACCCCCGUGUGGCCACAGACAUCGACCUCACCGCCGACAGAAUCGACCGCUUCCGAAUAUCCGGGAAGUACCGAGGGUGAACUUCCGUCUUCGAGUUCUGAAGUUACGUUUUCGGAACGAAAGACACCUACAACUACGAUAUCGAUACCUGUGACACCCGUGUGGCCAGAGACAUCGACCUCACCGCCGACAGAAUCGACCACUUCCGAAUAUCCGGGAAGUACCGAAGGUGAACCUGAAUCGUGGUCUUCGAGUUCUGAAGUUACGUUUUCAGAACGAAAGACACCUCCAACGGCAAUAUCGAAACCUGCGACACCCGUGUGGCCAGAGACAUCGACCUCUUCCGAAUAUCCGGGAAGUACCGAACGUGAACCUGAAUCGUGGUCUUCGAGUUCUGAAGUUACGUUUUCAGAACGAAAGACACCUCCAACAACAAUAUCGAAACCUCUGACCCCUGUGUGGCCACAGACAUCGACCUCACCGCCGACAGAAUCGACCGCUUCCGAAUAUCCGGGAAGUACCGAGGGUGAACUUCCGUCUUCGAGUUCUGAAGUUACGUUUUCGGAACGAAAGACACCUACAACUACGAUAUCGAUACCUGUGACACCCGUGUGGCCAGAGACAUCGACCUCACCGCCGACAGAAUCGACCACUUCCGAAUAUCCGGGAAGUACCGAAGGUGAACCUGAAUCGUGGUCUUCGAGUUCUGAAGUUACGUUUUCAGAACGAAAGACACCUCCAACGGCAAUAUCGAAACCUGCGACACCUGUGUGGCCAGAGACAUCGACCUCUUCCGAAUAUCUGGGAAGUACCGAACGUGAACCUGAAUCGUGGUCUUCGAGUUCUGAAGUUACGUUUUCAGAACGAAAGACACCUCCAACAACAAUAUCGAAACCUGUGACCCCUGUGUGGCCAGAGACAUCGACCUCUUCCGAAUAUCCGGGAAGUACCGAACGUGAACCUGAAUCGUGGUCUUCGAGUUCUGAAGUUACGUUUUCAGAACGAAAGACACCUCCAACAACAAUAUCGAAACCUGCGACACCCGUGGGGCCAGAGACAUCGACCUCUUCCGAAUAUCCGGGAAGUACCGAACGUGAACCUGAAUCGUGGUCUUCGAGUUCUGAAGUUACGUUUUCAGAACGAAAGACACCUCCAACAACAAUAUCGAAACCUCUGACCCCUGUGUGGCCACAGACAUCGACCUCACCGCCGACAGAAUCGACCGCUUCCGAAUAUCCGGGAAGUACCGAGGGUGAACUUCCGUCUUCGAGUUCUGAAGUUACGUUUUCGGAACGAAAGACACCUACAACUACGAUAUCGAUACCUGUGACACCCGUGUGGCCAGAGACAUCGACCUCACCGCCGACAGAAUCGACCACUUCCGAAUAUCCGGGAAGUACCGAAGGUGAACCUGAAUCGUGGUCUUCGAGUUCUGAAGUUACGUUUUCAGAACGAAAGACACCUCCAACGGCAAUAUCGAAACCUGCGACACCCGUGUGGCCAGAGACAUCGACCUCUUCCGAAUAUCCGGGAAGUACCGAACGUGAACCUGAAUCGUGGUCUUCGAGUUCUGAAGUUACGUUUUCAGAACGAAAGACACCUCCAACAACAAUAUCGAAACCUCUGACCCCUGUGUGGCCACAGACAUCGACCUCACCGCCGACAGAAUCGACCGCUUCCGAAUAUCCGGGAAGUACCGAGGGUGAACUUCCGUCUUCGAUUUCUGAAGUUACGUUUUCGGAACGAAAGACACCUACAACUACGGUAUCGAUACAUGUGACACCCGUGUGGCCAGAGACAUCGACCUCACCGCUGACAGAAUCGACCACUUCCGAAUAUCCGGGAAGUACCGAAGGUGAACCUGAAUCGUGGUCUUCGAGUUCUGAAGUUACGUUUUCAGAACGAAAGGCGCCUCCAACGGCAAUAUCGAAACCUGCGACACCCGUGUGGCCAGAGACAUCGAGCUCUUCCGAAUAUCCGGGAAGUACCGAAGGUGAACCUGAAUCGUGGUCUUCGAGUUCUGAAGUUACGUUUUCAGAACGAAAGACACCUCCAACAACAAUAUCGAAACCUCUGACCCCUGUGUGGCCACAGACAUCGACCUCACCGCCGACAGAAUCGACCGCUUCCGAAUAUCCGGGAAGUACCGAGGGUGAACUUCCGUCUUCGAGUUCUGAAGUUACGUUUUCGGAACGAAAGACACCUACAACUACGGUAUCGAUACAUGUGACACCCGUGUGGCCAGAGACAUCGACCUCACCGCCGACAGAAUCGACCACUUCCGAAUAUCCGGGAAGUACCGAAGGUGAACCUGAAUCGUGGUCUUCGAGUUCUGAAGUUACGUUUUCAGAACGAAAGACACCUCCAACGGCAAUAUCAAAACCUGCGACACCCGUGUGGCCAGAGAGAUCGACCUCACCGCCGACUGAAUCGACCCCUUCCGAAUAUCCGGGAAGUACCGAGGGUGAACUUCCGUCUUCGAGUUCUGAAGUUACGUUUUCGGAGCGAAAGACACCUACAACUACGGUAUCGAUACAUGUGACACCCGUGUGGCCAGAGACAUCGACCUCACCGCCGACAGAAUCGACCACUUCCGAAUAUCCGGGAAGUACCGAAGGUGAACCUGAAUCGUGGUCUUCGAGUUCUGAAGUUACGUUUUCAGAACGAAAGACACAUCCAACAACAAUAUCGAAACCUCUGACCCCUCUGUGGCCACAGACAUCGACCGCUUCCGAAUAUCCGGGAAGUACCGAGGGUGAACUUCCGUCUUCGAGUUCUGAAGUUCCGUUUUCGGAACGAAAGACAUCUACAACUACGGUAUCGAUACAUAUGACACCCGUGUGGCCAGAGACAUCGACCUCACCGCCGACAGAAUCGACCACUUCCGAAUAUCCGGGAAGUACCGAACGUGAACCUGAAUCGUGGUCUUCGAGUUCUGAAGUUACGUUUUCAGAACGAAAGACACCUCCAACAACAAUAUCGAAACCUCUGACCCCUGUGUGGCGACAGACAUCGACCUCACCGCCGACAGAAUCGACCGCUUCCGAAUAUCCGGGAAGUACCGAGGGUGAACUUCCGUCUUCGAGUUCUGAAGUUACGUUUUCGGAACGAAAGACACCUACAACUACGGUAUCGAUACCUGUGACACCCGUGUGGCUAGAGACAUCCACCUCACCGCCGACAGAAUCGACCACUUCCGAAUACCCGGGAAGUACCGAAGGUGAACCUGAAUCGUGGUCUUCGAGUUCUGAAGUUACGUUUUCAGAACGAAAGACACCUCCAACGGCAAUAUCGAAACCUGCGACACCCGUGUGGCCAGAGACAUCGACCUCACCCCCGAUAGAAUCGACCUCUUCCGAAUAUCCGGGAAGUACCGAGGGUGAACUUCCGUCUUCGAGUUCUGAAGUUACGUUUUCGGAACGAAAAACACCUCCAACAACAAUAUCGAAACCUCUGACCCCUGUGUGGCCACAUACAUCGACCUCACCGCCGACAGAAUCGACCGCUUCCGAAUAUCCGGGAAGUACCGAGGGUGAACUUCCGUCUUCGAGUUCUGAAGUUACGUUUUCGGAACGAAAGACACCUACAACUACGAUAUCGAUACCUGUGACACCCGUGUGGCCAGAGACAUCGACCUCACCGCCGACAGAAUCGACCACCUCCGAAUAUCCGAGAAGUACCGAAGGUGAACCUGAAUCGUGGUCUUCGAGUUCUGAAGUUACGUUUUCAGAACGAAAGGCACCUCCAACGGCAAUAUCGAAACCUGCGACACCUGUGUGGCCAGAGACAUCGACCUCUUCUGAAUAUCCGGGAAGUACCGAACGUGAACCUGAAUCGUGGUCUUCGAGUUCUGAAGUUACGUUUUCAGAACGAAAGACACCUCCAACAACAAUAUCGAAACCUGCGACACCCGUGGGGCCAGAGACAUCGACCUCUUCCGAAUAUCCGGGAAGUACCGAACGUGAACCUGAAUCGUGGUCUUCGAGUUCUGAAGUUACGUUUUCAGAACGAAAGACACCUCCAACAACAAUAUCGAAACCUCUGACCCCUGUGUGGCCACAGACAUCGACCUCACCGCCGACAGAAUCGACCGCUUCCGAAUAUCCGGGAAGUACCGAGGGUGAACUUCCGUCUUCGAGUUCUGAAGUUACGUUUUCGGAACGAAAGACACCUACAACUACGAUAUCGAUACCUGUGACACCCGUGUGGCCAGAGACAUCGACCUCACCGCCGACAGAAUCGACCACUUCCGAAUAUCCGGGAAGUACCGAAGGUGAACCUGAAUCGUGGUCUUCGAGUUCUGAAGUUACGUUUUCAGAACGAAAGACACCUCCAACAACAAUAUCGAAACCUGCGACACCCGUGGGGCCAGAGACAUCGACCUCUUCCGAAUAUCCGGGAAGUACCGAAGGUGAACCUGAAUCGUGGUCUUCGAGUUCUGAAGUUACGUUUUCAGAACGAAAGACACCUCCAACAACAAUAUCGAAACCUCUGACCCCUGUGUGGCCACAGACAUCGACCUCACCACCGACAGAAUCGACCGCUUCCGAAUAUCCGGAAAGUACCGAGGGUGAACUUCCGUCUUCGAGUUCUGAAGUUACGCUUUCGGAACGAAAGACACCUACAACUACGGUAUCGAUACAUGUGACACCCGUGUGGCCAGAGACAUCGACCUCACCGCCAACAGAAUCGACCACUUCCGAAUAUCCGGGAAGUACCGAAGGUGAACCUGAAUCGUGGUCUUCGAGUUCUGAAGUUACGUUUUCAGAACGAAAGACACCUCCAACGGCAAUAUCGAAACCUGCGACACCCGUGUGGCCAGAGAGAUCGACCUCACCGCCGACUGAAUCGACCGCUUCCGAAUAUCCGGGAAGUACCGAGGGUGAACUUCCGUCUUCGAGUUCUGAAGUUACGUUUUCGGAGCGAAAGACACCUAUAACUACGGUAUCGAUACAUGUGACACCCGUGUGGCCAGAGACAUCGACCUCACCGCCGACAGAAUCGACCACUUCUGAAUAUCCGGGAAGUACCGAAGGUGAACCUGAAUCGUGGUCUUCGAGUUCUGAAGUUACGUUUUCAGAACGAAAGACACAUCCAACACCAAUAUCGAAACCUCUGACCCCUCUGUGGCCACAGACAUCGACCUCACCGCCGACAGAAUCGACCGCUUCCGAAUAUCCGGGAAGUACCGAACGUGAACCUGAAUCGUGGUCUUCGAGUUCUGAAGUUACGUUUUCAGAACGAAAAACACCUCCAACAACAAUAUCGAAACCUCUGACCCCUGUGUGGCCACAUACAUCGACCUCACUGCCGACAGAAUCGACCGCUUCCGAAUAUCCGGGAAGUACCGAGGGUGAACUUCCGUCUUCGAGUUCUGAACUUACGUUUUCAGAGCGAAAGACACCUCCAACAGCAAUAUCGAAACCUGCGACACCCGUGUGGCCAGAGACAUCGACCUCACCGCCGACAGAAUCGACCUCUUCCGAAUAUCCGGGAAGUACCGAACGUGAACCUGAAUCGUGGUCUUCGAGUUCUGAGGUUACGUUUUCAGAACGAAAGACACCUCCAACAACAAUAUCGAAACCUCUGACCACUGUGUGGCCACAGACAUCGACCUCACCGCCGACAGAAUCGACCGCUUCCGAAUAUCCGGGAAGUACCGAGGGUGAACUUCUGUCUUCGAGUUCUGAAGUUACGUUUUCGGAACGAAAGACACCUCCAACGGCAAUAUCGAAACCUGCGACACCCGUGUGGCCAGAGACAUCGACCUCACCGCCGACAGAAUCGACCACUUCCGAAUAUCCGGGAAGUACCGAAGGUGAACCUGAAUCGUGGUCUUCGAGUUCUGAAGUUACGUUUUCAGAACGAAGGACACCUCCAACGGCAAUAUCGAAACCUGCGACACCCGUGUGGCCAGACACAUCGACCUCACCGCCGACAGAAUCGACCUCUUCCGAAUAUCCGGGAAGUACCGAACGUGAACCUGAAUCGUGGUCUUCGAGUUCUGAGGUUACGUUUUCAGAACGAAAGACACCUCCAACAACAAUAUCGAAACCUGCGACACCCGUGUGGCCACAGACAUCGACCUCACCGCCGACAGAAUCGACCUCUUCCGAAUAUCCGGGAAGUACCGAAGGUGAACCUGAAUCGUGGUCUUCGAGUUCUGAAGUUACGUUUUCAGAACGAAGGACACCUCCAACGGCAAUAUCGAAACCUGCGACACCCGUGUGGCCAGACACAUCGACCUCACCGCCGACAGAAUCGACCUCUUCCGAAUAUCCGGGAAGUACCGAACGUGAACCUGAAUCGUGGUCUUCGAGUUCUGAGGUUACGUUUUCAGAACGAAAGACACCUCCAACAACAAUAUCGAAACCUCUGACCCCUGUGUGGCCACAGACAUCGACCUCACCGCCGACAGAAUCGACCUCUUCCGAAUAUCCGGGAAGUACCGAAGGUGAACCUGAAUCGUGGUCUUCGAGUUCUGAAGUUACGUUUUCAGAACGAAGGACACCUCCAACGGCAAUAUCGAAACCUGCGACACCCGUGUGGCCAGAGACAUCGACCUCACCGCCGACAGAAUCGACCUCUUCCGAAUAUCCGGGAAGUACCGAACGUGAACCUGAAUCGUGGUCUUCGAGUUCUGAGGUUACGUUUUCAGAACGAAAGACACCUCCAACAACAAUAUCGAAACCUCUGACCCCUGUGUGGCCACAGACAUCGACCUCACCGCCGACAGAAUCGACCGCUUCCGAAUAUCCGGGAAGUACCGAGGGUGAACUUCUGUCUUCGAGUUCUGAAGUUACGUUUUCGGAACGAAAGACACCUACAACUACGGUAUCGAUACCUGUGACACCCGUGUGGCAAGAGACAUCGACCUCACCGCCGACAGAAUCGACCACUUCCGAAUAUCCGGGAAGUACCGAAGGUGAACCUGAUUCGUGGUCUUCGAGUUCUGAAGUUACGUUUUCAGAACGAAAGGCACCUCCAACGGCAAUAUCGAAACCUGCGACAGCCGUGUGGCCAGAGACAUCGACCUCUUCCGAAUAUCCGGGAAGUACCGAACGUGAACCUGAAUCGUGGUCUUCGAGUUCUGAAGUUUCGUUUUCAGAACGAAAGACACCUCCAACAACAAUAUCGAAACCUCUGACCCCUGUGUGGCCACAGACAUCGACCUCACCGCCGACAGAAUCGACCGCUUCCGAAUAUCCGGGAAGUACCGAGGGUGAACUUCCGUCUUCGAGUUCUGAAGUUACGUUUUCGGAACGAAAGACACUUACAACUACGGUAUCGAUACCUGUGACACCCGUGUGGCCAGAGACAUCGACCUCACCGCCGACAGAAUCGACCACUUCCGAAUAUCCGGGAAGUAGCGAAGGUGAACCUGAAUCGUGGUCUUCGAGUUCUGAAGUUACGUUUUCAGAACUAAAGACACCUCCGACGGCAAUAUCGAAACCUGCGACACCCGUGUGGCCAGAGACAUCGACCUCACCGCCGACAGAAUCGACCUCUUCCGAAUAUCGGGGAAGUAGCGAACGUGAACCUGAAUCGUGGUCUUCGAGUUCUGAAGUUACGUUUUCGGAAAGAAAGACACAUCCAACAACAAUAUCGAAACCUCUGACCCCUCUGUGGCCACAGACAUCGACCUCACCGCCGACAGAAUCGACCGCUUCCGAAUAUCCGGGAAGUACCGAACUUGGACCUCAAUCCUGGUCUUCCGGUUCAGAAGUUACGUUUUCGGAAAGAAAGACACCUCCAACGACAAUAUCGAAACCUGUGACACCCUUGUGGCCCGAGACAUCGACCUCACCGCCGACAGAAUCUGCCACUUCCGAAUAUCCGGGAAGUACCAAACGUGAACCUCAAUCCUGGUCUUCGAGUUCUGAAGUUACGUUUUCGGAACGAAAGACACCUCCAACGACAAUAUCGAAACCUGUGACCCCUGCGUGGCCACAGACGCCGACCUCACCACCGACAGAAUCGACCACUUCCGAAUAUCCGGGAAGUACCGAACUUGAACCUCAAUCCUGGUCUUCGAGUUCUCAAGUUACGUUUUCGGAACGAAAGACACCUCCAACGACAAUAUCGAAACCUGUGACACCUGUGUUGCAACAGACAUCGACCUCACCGCCGACAGAGUCGAUCACUUCCGAAUAUCCGGGAAGCACCAUACGUGAGCCUGUAUCGUGGUCUUCAAGUUCUGAAGUUACGUUUUCGGAAAGAAAGACAUUGCCAACGACAACAUCGAAACCUGUGACCCCUGUGUGGCCACAGACAUCGACUGCACCGCCGACAGAAUCGACCACUUCUGAAUAUCCGGGAAGUACCAAAGGUGAACCUGAAUCGUGGUCUUCGAGUUCUGAACUUACGUUUUCGGAACGAAAGACACCUCCAACGACAAUCUCGAAAGCUGUGACACCCAUGUGGCCAGAGACAUCGACUUCAUCACCGACAGAAUCGUCCACUUCCGAAUAUCCGGGAAGUACCGAACGUAAACCUGAGUCGUGGUCUUCAAGUUCUGAAGUUACGUUUUCGGAAAGAAUGACACUUCCAACGGCAAUAUCCAAACCUGUGACACCUGUGUGGCCAGAGACAUUGACCUCACCGCAGACAGAAUCGACCACUUCCGAAUAUCCGGGAAGUACCGAGGGUGAACUUCCGUCUUCGAGUUCUGAAUUUACGUUUUCGGAACGCAAGACACCUACAACUACGAUAUCGAUACCUGUGACACCCGUGUGGCCAGAGAUAUCGACCUCACCACUGACAGAAUCGGCUACUUCCAAAUAUCCGGGAAGUACAGAAGGUGAACCUGAAUCGUGGUCUUCGACUUCUGAAGUUACGUCUUCGGAACGAAAGACACCUCCAACUGCAAUAUCGAAACAUGUGACACCUAUGUGGCCAGAGACAUCGACCUCACCACCGACAGAAUCAACCACUUCCGAAUAUCAGAGAAGUACCGAAGGUGAACCUGAAUUGUGGUCUUCGAGUUCUGAAGUUACGUUUUCGGAAAGAAAGACAUCUCCAAUGACAGUAUCGAAACCUGUGACACAUGUGUGGCCAGAGACAUCGACCUCACCGCCGACACAAUCGACCACUUCCGAAUAUCGGGGAAGUACCGAAGGUGAACCUGAAUUCUGGUCUUCGAGUUCUGAAGCUACGCUUUCGGAACGAAAGACACCUCCAACGAGAAUAUCGAAAGCUGUGACACCCGUGUGGGCAGAGACAUCGACCUCACCGCUGACAGAAUCGACCACUUCCGAAUAUCCGGAAAGUACCGAACGCAAACCUGAAUCGUGGUCUUCGAGUUCUGAAGUUACGUUUUCGGAACGAAAGACACCUCCAACGACAAUAUCGAAACCUGUGACCCCUGCGUGGCCACAGACGCCGACCUCACCACCGACAGAAUCGUCCACUUCCGAAUAUCCGGGAAGUACCGAACGUAAACCUGAGUCGUGGUCUUCAAGUUCUGAAGUUACGUUUUCGGAAAGAAAGACACCUCCAACGGCAAUAUCGAAACCUGUGACACGUGUGUGGCCAGAGACAUCGACCUCACCGCCGACAGAAUCGACCACUUCCGAAUAUACGGAAAGUACAGAAGGUGAACUUCCGUCUUCGAGUUCUGAAGUUACGUUUUCGGAACGAAAGACACCUACAACUACGAUAUCGAUACAGGUGACACCCGUGUGGCCAGAGACAUCGACCUCACCACUGACAGAAUCGAAUACUUCCAAAUAUCUGGCAAGUACCGAAGGUGAACCUGAAUCGUGGCCUUCGAGUUCUGAAGUUACGUUUUCGGAACGAAAGACACCUCCAACGGCAAUAUCGAAACCUGUGACACCUAUGUGGCCAGAGACAUCGACCUCACCGCUGACAGAAUCAACCACUUCCGAAUAUCCGAGAAGUACCGAAGGUGGACUUCGGUCUUCGAGUUCUGAAGUUACGUUUUCGGAAAGGAAGACAUCUCCAAUGACAGUAUCGAAACCUGUGACACCUAUGUGGUCAGAGACAUCGACCUCACCACUGACAGAAUCGACAACUUCCGAAUAUCCGAGAAGUACCGAAGGUGAACCUGAAUUGUGGUCUUCGAGUUCUGAAGUUACGUUUUCGGAAAGAAAGACAUCUCCAAUGACAGUAUCGAAACCUGUGACACCUGUGUGGCCAGAGACAUCGACCUCACAGCCGACACAAUCGACCACUUCCGAAUAUCGGGGAAGUACCGAAGGUGAACCUGAAUUCUGGUCUUCGAGUUCUGAAGUUACGUUUUCGGAACGAAAGACACCUCCAACGAUAAUAUCGAAACCUGCCACCCCUGCGUGGCCACAGACGUCGGCCUCCCCACCGACAGAAUCGUCCACUUCCGAAUAUCCGGGAAGUACCGAAGGUGAACCUGAAUCGUGGUCCUCAAGUUCUGAAGUUAAGUUUUCAGAAAGAAAGACACCUCCAACGGCAAUAUCGAAACCUGUGACACCUGUGUGGCUAGAGACAUCGACCUCACCGCCGACAGAAUCGACCACUUCCGAAUAUCCGGGAAGUACCGAAGGUGAGCCUGAAUUGUGGUCUUCGAGUUCUGAAGUUACGUUUUCGGAACGAAAGACACCUCCAACGACAAUAUCGAAAGCUGUGACACCCGUGUGGGCAGAGACAUCGACCUCACCGCCGACAGAAUCGACCACUUCGGAAUAUCCAGGAAGAACCGAAGGUGAACCUGAAUUGUGGUCUUCGAGUGGCGAAGUUACAUUUUCGGAACGAAAGACACCUCCAACGACAAUAUCGAAACGUGUGACACCUCUGUGGCCAGAGACAUCAACCUCACCGCCGACCGAAUCGACCACUUCCGAAUAUCCGGGAAGUACCGAAGGUGAACGUGAAUCAUGGUCUUCGAGUUCUGAAGUUACGUUUUCGGAAAGGACACCUCCAACGACAAUAUCGAAACAUGUGACACCCGUGUGGCCAGAGCCAUCGACUUCACCGCCGACAAAAUCGGCCACUUCCAAAUAUCCGAAAAGUACCGAAGGUGAACCUGAGUCGUGGUCUUCCAGUUCUGAAGUUACGUUUUCGGAAAGAAAGACAACUCUAACGGCAAUAUCGAAACCUGUGACACCCGUGUGGCCAGAGACAUCGACCUCACCGCCGACAGAAUCGACGAGUUCUGAAUAUCCGGGGAGUACCGAACGUGAACCGGAUUCCUGGUCUUCGAGUUCUGAAGUUACGUUUUCGGAACGAGAGACACCUCCAACGGCAAUAUCGAAACCUGUGACACCCGUGUGGCCAGAGACAUCGACCUCACCGCCGACAGAAUCGACCACUUCCGAAUAUCCGGGAAGUACCGAAGGUGAACCUGAAUCGUUGUCUUCGAGUUCUGAAGUUACGUUUUCGGAAAGAAAGACACCUCCAAUGACGAUAUCGAAACUUGUGACACCUGUGUCGCCAGAGACGCCGACCUCACCGCAGACAGAAUCGACCACUUCCAAAUAUCCGAGAAGUACCGAAGGUGAACCUGAAUCGUCGUCUUCGAUUUCUGAAGUUACGUUUUCGGAAAGAAAGACACCUCCAACGACAACAUCGAAACCUGUGACACCUGUGUGGCCACAGACAUCGACUGCACCGCCGACAGAAUCGCUCACUUCUGAAUACUCGGGAAGUACUGAAGGUGAACCUGAAUCGUGGUCUUCGAGUUCUGAAGUUAUAUUCUCGGAAAGGACACAUCCAACGGCAGUAUCGAAACCUGUGACCCCUGUGUCACCACAUACGUCGACCUUACCGGCGACAGAAUUGACCACUUCCGAAUAUCCGGGAAGCACCAAAGGUGAACCUGAAUCGUGGUCUUCAAGUUCUGAAGUUACACUUUCGGAAAGAAAGACAGUGCCAGCGACAAUAUCGAAACCUAUGACACCUGUGUGGCCAGAGACAUCGACCUCAACGCCGACAGAAUCGACCACUUCCGAAUAUCCGGGAAGUACCGAAGGUGAACCUGAAUCGUGGUCUUCGACUUCUGAAGUUACGUUUUUAGAACGAAAGACACCUCCAACGACAAUAUCGAAACCUGUGACACGCUUGUGGCCCGAGACAUCGACCUCACCGCCGACAGAAUCGACUACUUCCGAAUAUCCGGGAAGUACCGAACGUGAACCUCAAUCCUGGUCUUCGAGUUCUGAAGUUACGUUUUCGGAACGAAAGACACCUCCAACGACAAUGUCGAAACCUGCGACCCCUGCGUGGCCACAGACGUCGACUUCACCACCGACAGAAUCGUCCACUUCCGAAUAUCCGGGAAGUACCGAACGUAAACCUGAGUCGUGGUCUUCGAGUUCUGAAGUUGCGUUUUCGGAACGAAAGACACCUCCAACGACAAUAUCGAAACCUGUGACACCUGUGUUGCAACAGACAUCGACCUCACCGCCGACAGAAUCGAUCACUUCCGAAUAUCCGGGAAGCACCAUACGUGAGCCUGUAUCGUGGUCUUCAAGUUCUGAAGUUACGUUUUCGGGAAGAAAGACAUUGCCAACGACAACAUCGAAACCUGUGACCCCUGUGUGGCCACAGACAUCGACUGCACCGCCGACAGAAUCGGCCACUUCUGAAUAUCCGGGAAGUGCCAAAGGUGAACCUGAAUCGUGGUCUUCAAGUUCUGAAGUCACGUUUUCGGAAAGAAAGACACUUCCAACGACGAUAUCGAUACCUGUGACCCCUGUGUCGCCACAGCCAUCGACCUCACCGCCGACAAAAUGGACUACUUCCGAAUAUCCGGGAAGUACCGAAGGUGAACUUGAAUCGUGGUCUUCGACUUCUGAAGUUACGUUAUCGUGGCCCCCAAGUACUGAAGUGACCGGGUCGGAAACCAACACGCCAGUUCCGACCCAAUUCAGAAGUGUGACCCCAGAGCGUGGUCAUUCAUCCACUGCUCUGCCGAUCGAAUCAACCACUUCCCAACACCUAAAUCGUACUGAUAGUGAACUUGAGUCGUGGUCUCGAACUAGCGAAGUUAGCUUUUCGGAAGGGAAGACGUCGCCAACGACACCCUCCAGUGCGCAGUCGAGUACCAAUGUUACCUUGCUCCAAAAUGAGGUAACACGAACGACAACUGCGACUUCUCAACCAUCUACACCUGUGCUUGUAAAAUUUACCACUCCGAAAAAUCUGACGAGCACUAGGACUGAAUAUGAAACUUCAUGGAGUAUUACGGCAAUCCCAGGAAGUAAGACACCAGUAAUGACAACUGCUGCAAGAGAAAGUUCACAUACGGCAGAAACAACUGCAGGCUUACCACUGAGCACAAAGAAACCAGUCGAGAAGACUGUGUAUGACAUGAAUACGCGGGUUGUGCUAGAGCGGCUCAAAGUGAAAAUGCUAAGGAACCAAUCUCGUCAAGACAACAUGGCGAACAAGUCUGGCAAGCAGAUUACAACGGUCCAGCGCGGGGCGUCUGCUAUACGGUUACCAGUUGAAGAAACACACAUAUCAGAAAAGAAAGCUCGUUCUACUACCCCUGCCGUUCUUGUACAUCAUGUUCGUAGUCGAUUGUUACCUAAUGAAUUGGCGACUCAUAGCAGAAGCACAUCUCAAGAGACUGAUACUCUAAUAGAAGAACAACAUCUGAAUACGACAACAAAACAACCUUAUGUCGGAAAGUAUUUUAAGAAAGAAGAAGAAGCCGGAAAUGAAAUGUGGGAUAGGAGCACCUACCGGUCAUACGCGGAGGGAAAAACGCACGAAUUAUUCACCAGUGUACCGGCGUCGAGGCUUGGAACAGCGACCUAUAUGGAGACUGCCGCACCGUUAAGUGUGAAGUACGCUGAAGCUGACCAGGCCAAUCGUACAUAUAACUGGUCGAGACAUAAGGUUCCAGUUGCAGCUACUCGUUUCGACGUAAACAAGGGAAACGGAGGGGCGGGAAAAGUUAGAAGUGUUUCAGUGCACAGCGGACAGGCAGUGAAAGAAGUUGUCCCUCAUGCCCCACGAGUGUACGUACAACCAAUGACUGUUAUAACACAUGCACUAACACAUAACACAGCUACUGGCGUAGGAUGCCGAGACGAGUUGCGAACGCAGGUUGGAAAGCAGGGUAACCUCGUUAAGCAGAAAGAUGACAUAAUGCGGAGGAAAGAUAUUCUGGAACACGCGAGGGAUCACGUGUCACAAGAAGUGGUUGCUACUCAACCACAAUCCCGUGCACAACACGCUAAGAACUUAAUAAAUAACAUUACUACUGUUAAACUGAGUGAUGUUAGCAUACAACAUGGAACCGCGCGUAAUAGAAAGGAUAACAGGAGUAAAAGCGCAAACGUGGUGGCUCGACGCUUCACUGAGGAAGAAAGUGAAGUCAAGAAGGGUAACAAGACCGAUGAUUCGAAGAGUUUGGACGAAGAGCAGGACACUGAAGAGAUUGACAAAAACGAAGCAUUAAUUGUGAAAGCUGGAAUGAAAGUAAUCAACUCAAGCUUCUGCAAUGUGACGAAGUUGAUGCAUCACUACGAAGUGUGCCACACCACAUAUCGCAUGGUGAAACUUGCUGUACUAGAACGCUACAACAAAGAAGGUUGCAGGAUUUUUGGGAGCUACAUCGAGUGUGCCUACAACCUUCUGAUAUUCUCUCAGUGUCCUCUUUACGUCUUCAAGAGAACGGAAGGAGGUAAACAUUACGAAACGGCGAGGCGAAUCUUAAAAGACAUCUGCGUUAACGAACUCACUGAAAUGCGUACAUCAAGUGUUCUGACUGGAUUGCGUGCAAGAGUAUGAUGUUUGUGUUUCUCCCCUAAAUUAAUAUGUGGUGGUGAUGUAUAAAAAUAAAUGUUAAGCCUUAGCCGACAGUAGCCGA